AUGGAGUGGACAAGAGACGACGACAAGCGCUUUGAGAUGGCUUUGGUGCAAUUCUCAGAUGAUUUUCAGAAGCUCGCCGUGUCUUUAAAUAAACCGGUGGAAGAAGUGACCAAGUACUACGAAGCUUUGGUCCAUGAUGUUGAUUUGAUCGAAUCGGGUCGUGCUAUUGUACCUGAUUAUGUUGAUUACUUGUCACCAACGGAAGCACGUCAGAUUUCAUCAUCACAGUCCAAAAGCAGAGAGAAGGAGAAAAAAAAUAAAGGAAUCGCUUGGUCAGAAGUGGAACACAGAAAGUUUCUCAAGGGAUUAAAGAAGUAUGGGAAAGGAGAUUGGAAGAGCAUAUCGAGGAACUUUGUGCCGACGAGAACUUCAACGCAAGUGGCAAGCCAUGCACAGAAGUAUUUCCUAAGGCAAGCGCCGGGUAGUAAGGCGAGGAAACGCUCCAGUAUCCAUGACACAACUUGGGUUAAUCAUGCCGACAACAGUGUAAACGAUACCGUCUUUGAAUCAGAGUUCGACUCUAUGAGCCAGCCACAACUUGGCGAGCAAAUACCUCAGAAACAUUUUGACAACAGCUACAAGCAUUAG